CAUCGGCAGUUAGCAAGACAACACGCAUGCGCAAGAACUGUGCAAGCCUUUAAAAAGUUAAGAUACCCUAGAAUACGGCGGUGCGAAUGCGUCAUUACAUUGAAAAGAUCAAAAUAAUCUCGUUUUCAUUUGUAUCGGGAAUGUCCGGUCCCUGUAUAGACACAGUAUUAGCUUAAAUUCUAGAGUCUCCCAUUGGCACACCGUUAAGAACCGAAUACAAUCAGAAGAUCUUCAAACACGGAAGUGACCGCUCCUGAGUACCGAGCACGGCUGUGAACGCUGCGCAUGCAUGUCAGUUUUUAAGUGUUUAUUUGCGUGUGUUCUGUAUGCCUAUGAAAUUUUUCCAAAGAUAGUUAAGAGCUUGCAUUUGCCUCCGAGUCUAUCCCGCUGCGGUAUGGCGGCAGCAGCUGCAGCAGAAGGACCGGAGGAACGGAGCUUGGGCAGCGUCUCGCCGCCGGGAGCGCGGACAGGUGACGGGGAAGCUGAGGAGGCCGAGGAGUUCACCUGCUCGGCCUACUGCUCGGAGCUCUCCCGGCGGCAGAACGAGCAGAGGAAGGCGGGACUGUUCUGCGACCUGACGCUGGUCUUCACCUCCGGAGGGGUGUCACAGGAGAGUGUCCACAUCUUUACCGCCCACCGCUCCGUGUUAUCGGCGGCGUCGCAGUACUUUACGCUGCUGCUGGGCGGACAGUUUUCAGAGUCCGUGUCCGGUCGAGUGGAGCUCAAAGAGUGGACCUCCACGACAGGACCAGAUCCUGAUACAGUGGAGAGAGUCAUACAGUUCAUGUACACUGGAGACAUCAGGGUAACCACUGCUAAUGUGGAUGAAGUGUUGGAACUUGCGGACAGGUUCCUGUUGGCACAGCUGAAGAACUUCUGUGGAGACUUUCUGAUGAAGAAGUUGAGCCUGUCAAACUGUGUCGCAGUGCACAGCCUUGCUCACAUGUACACCUUGGAUCAACUCGCCAAGGGAGCCGCCAAGACGAUUCGGAGAAACUUCCACAAAGUGAUUCGCAGUGAGGAAUUCCUAACGCUUCCAUUUCACCUGGUGCGGGACUGGCUGUCAGAUUCAGAAAUCACUGUGGACUCAGAGGAGGAGUUGUUCGAGGCUGUCGCCAACUGGGUGCACCAGAACACAGGGGAGCGAGAGAAGCACUUUGAGGAUCUGUUCCGGCUUUUAAGGCUGCCUCUGAUCUCUCCGACCUACCUGACCCGGGUAGUGAGGAAGGAGACAUUAGUGGCGAACAAUCCAGCUUGUUGUCAGCUGGUGUAUGAUGCUCUUGAAGUUCUUGCUUUGCGCUUCAUGUGCCACCUACCAGCUGAUUUAGACUUAGGUUCCUCCUUCACAGCAGACAUCCAGCCGCGUUUCGGACAAAACAUGGAUGUAAUUAUGGUAGUGGGCGGUGUUUCAGAAGGUGGUGACUAUUUGAGUGAAUGUGUGGGCUACCUGGUUGCUGAGGACCGUUGGGUGAACCUGCCGCACAUUCACAACCACCUGGAUGGACAUGCCAUCACCGUCACCGAUAGCCAUGUUUAUGUGGCAGGAUCCAUGGAGCCGGGUUUUGCUAAAACCGUGGAGCGCUACAACCCCAACCUGAACACCUGGGAGCAGUUCAGCAGCCUGACAACACGAAAGCACUCAUUUGGCCUCACAUGUGUCAAAGAUGUCCUCUACAGCAUUGGUGGUCAUGGCAACUUCAGCCCAGGCUUCAAGGAUGUCACUGUAUACUCACCAGAGCAGGAGGAGUGGCACAACCUGGAACCAGCUCCAAAAAUCCUCAGAGAUGUAAAAACAGUGACCGUCGAGGAUCGCUACAUUUAUGUGAUGGCCAGGACCCCUGUAGACAUAGACAACGAGGAUGGUUUGAGCACCGUGACCGCCUGUUAUGACACAGAGAGUCGUAAAUGGCAGGAAGUGGUCUCCUUACCACUCAUUGAUAACUACUGUACUUUUCAAAUGGCUGUUGCUUCCACCAACUUCUACCACACGGCUUCCUGCUGUGCUAAGAGCUACAGGCUAACAGCUGAGGCGGCCCAGCAGAAAAUAAGCAGAAAUAUCUCUGACGAUAUCCUCGACAGCCUUCCUCCAGAGGUUCUGAGCAUUGAAGGUGCAGCUGUGUGCUAUCUGGAUGAGGACAUCUUCAUCAUCGGUGGGUGGAGGAACAGCCACAACAUGGACAAGCAGUACCGCAAAGAGGCCUAUCGUUACUGCGCUAAGAGGAAGCGCUGGAUGCUGCUUCCGCCCUUACCUGAGCCGCGCUGCAGGGCCGCAGCCUGCUACGUUCGGAUCCCAUAUCGAUAUCUGUAUGGCUGCCAGCACUACCCCAUGCCGCAGAACCUGGCACGCCAGAGAGAACGCAUGCAGCAGAUGCAGCAGCUCCACCGCCGCACUCUCACUCUGCGCAGGCAGCUGCAGUCUCAAAUUGAAUGUUGAAAUGGGAAAUUUGUUUGCAAAAUGUCCAGCCUUGUCUCGUCCGCACUUGUUAUGCAAAUUGCCUUUUUAUUUUUGUAGUUUUCCUGAAUGUCUUGCUAUUAUUUAGGUGAAAUGUCUGCAUGGGUUUAUGUAUAAAAAGAGAUUAUUUUGUUUGAGCUAGUGUGACAAAAACUGACAGGCUUCUUAAUACUCAGCUUUUUAUAGCCUUUUUUGCCUUACAUUAAGCGCUGAUGCCUUAUGUUUUUUCUGCCUCUGAUGGCUUCUGUGUUGCCGUUGAAUUUUCUGGAGGGAGGGUUUAUUUUGUUUGAACUCUGCUUAGCUUCUCAAAUAAGUUUGUACAAGGAAAUGAUGUCAAUUUACACUUAAAUACACAUGUAAUAGGUAUCACUGUCAUUGUCUUCUCAAGUUCAUAACAGCAUUGAUACUUAAAGUAUGAUGUCUCCAAUAAUAGGGAUUUCAGUUAAAAGAAAUAGAAAAUUUAAUAUAGGAAAUAAGAAUUAGUCAUAAAAAGUAGCAGUGUUUUUUAAUGCCACUUUCAUCCUUUCUACCUCAUAUUUCCUCCAUGGUUUUGCCUUUUUUGCACUGUAGGGAAUAGAAUACAUAUGUGAUAUUGUGUGUAUGUAGUGUCCCUCUUUGGAAAGACAAUCAUUUAUCAGAAUUUUGUAGAUGAAUUCAGUAUAAAGCAAAGCACAUCAAUAUUUCCCUUCUUAAAGCAAAAGACUGUUUGAUAUAAUGCUGCACUUAAGAUUGCGCACUAAAAAAGAUGUCAUUGAUUGCAUAAAACGAUUUAACCAUUCCAAAGGUGCAUGUAGAUUAUAUUUCUACUGGUACAGUGGCGCUGAUUUCCCAGAGUCACCGUAUGAUUAGUUCCUUCAUAUUUACAGGGACUUCUUUGCAAGAGAAGGACUAAAAUGGAGUAUCAUUUGGUAUGUUCACAGACUAAGAAAUAUAUGAAACACGUGUGCCAUAAAAUUUGAUCUGCCCCUUUAUAUAAACCGUUAAAGGUAACUUUAUUUCCUGCACUAAAUGGCCUGGAAUGCUGACUUGCACAGUGUUGUUUUUUUGAGUACAAUGAUCUGACUCAAAAGUGUUUUGUGGACCAAUUGCUGAGCUCAGUGUAUUUCUAUGCUGCUUUUAAAAUUGCUUAUGCCUGUUGUAUUCUCAGCCAACCUGUUCAAAAGUAGCAACGCUUUGGGAGCGCAGCAUUUUUCAUCUGACACACAAUUAAAAUGUGAGUAGUUUUUUUAAUAUAAACUUUAUAAGUUUAUCUUUCUUGUUGAGAUAUUAAUGCUAAAGGUCUUGUUUUAAUUCAAUGAAAGUGCCAUAGGAAAACCACAGGAUCACAGCGGAGUAGACUGAUAGAUGAGAAUAAGGAAUUAGCAGCAGUAUAAACUCCAUAUUGUAGAUCUUGUUCAAGUUCUGGUUGCUGUCCUUAUUUCAUUGUUGAAUUGUUUGUUUUUUGGUUGAAGUAGUGUUCCAAAUGUUGCCAAAUAUUCAGAUUGAAAACUGCCACUUCUUAACAUGUUUUAGCAUUCCAUUUCUUUGUGCCAAAGCUGCAAUGGUUAAGUGAAUGCAAUAAAUAUUUGAAAAAUA